AUGGGUGAAGCAGCUCAGAGAGGUCAACAAUUAUGUCAAGUCAAACCAAGUGUUUGUCAAUUAAUCAUUCAUUUCCUGGUGUUCUUUUUUCCGUUGGCGUUUUCUGGUGCUGAUCCAGAUAUGAGACCUUUUGGCCGUUCUGUUGAUCAGAAUGUGUUUGAAAGCAGAGCGGUCAACCAGGACUACACAAACUCUGGUUUCACCAGGGGACACCUCAAUCCUAGUUCGCACCAGAAGACAGGAGAAGAUAGAGUAGCUACCUUUACUCUGACAAACAUUGUCCCCCAGAAGGAAGGCUCCAAUUCAGGCCCCUGGAGCCAAUUGGAGAAAAAUGUGUCGAAGAGAUUGAAUAACUUCGGCAACGGUCCAAUGUACGUAAUAACUGGGGUCAUGCCUUACAAAUCCAAGACACACAAGAUCAAUAACAGAGUUUAUGUUCCUGAGUACAUGUGGUCCGCUUACUGCUGCCCCUCAUACAAACCUGACCUCCCUGAGAAUGAGAAACAGUUCUUUCCUACAUUUGCCGCAGUGGGGAGAAAUGAUCCCAGCAGUGGAGAGGAGAUUGUGCCUGUUAAUAAAACAGCAAAGUCUGCAGGCUACGAUGUGAAGCAGAUGCCGUUGCAGGAAUUGGAGGUUAUGCUUAACAAGAGGCUUAACGUGCCAGUCAGUGUGUUUACCGGCAAAUGUUUGAAAUAA